AUGGCCGACGGUCCAGUAUUAUCACCGCCAUCACUCCUGGCAGCAACAACCCCAGAUCCACUCAACAUGAACACUCCGGACUUUACAAUGACCCCAUCGACGGCAGCCACGACGGCUAUUGCCACACCCAACUCCCUCCACCUACCACAGUCGUCAGCGGCCAAGCCUGCAAAGAAGAGAAAGUCAUGGGGCCAGGCACUCCCUGAACCCAAGACCAACCUCCCACCCCGGAAGCGGGCAAAGACUGCCGACGAGAAGGAACAACGCCGCAUCGAACGUAUCAAGCGCAACCGCGCCGCUGCACACAACUCCCGUGAGCGUAAGCGCCAGGAAGCCGAACGUCUCGAAGUCGAGAACCACGCCCUCAAGUUGCAGAUCAACGCCCUGCACCAACAACUCGCCCAGAAGGACAUCACCCUGGACAAGUGCAAGGAGAUACUCCCCGGUGGUCUCCCCCAACUCACCCAGGAAGAACUCGCCAGCAUCAAGGUGCCGGAAGAAAGCAUCGUCUCGACUCCCUCAUCUUAUGACACGAUCGACCCCCGCGCCUCACUGGCGCCCUCAUCAAUCAACGAAGACUUCAUGACGCCAUCCAUCAAGAUGGAGCCCACGUCGCCGGCUUCUCAGAUGCACAAGGCCCCUUCGGCUGUCCACAGGACAAGCAUCUCGCUCGACCAGACACAACAUUCUGCUGCGAUGUUGUGCGACCUGCAGUGUCGGUCGAGCGAGAACAACAGCCCUUCAAGGUGGAGUCAGAUUAUACUCUAUUUGAUGCAUCUGAACAUCAUGACCUUCUACAAGAGCCUCAUGGUAGCUUCAUGGACGCUAUGGCCAGCUCGUAUGGCCAUGAUGACGAGUCAACUCUCAGUCCCUUUGACAACCUCAUUGACUACGAUGAUGUUCACCCCAACUACACGACGGAUGCCACGACAUUUGGCGGCGGCGACGACCUCUUCAGCAUACCAAACUAUGGCCUCAAGGACACUUUUCUCGCUCCUGAGCUUACUCUCGCAUCGGCUCCCAACCUCGGUGACUACAGCGCAACUUUUUGCGACGGGUCCUAGGUUCCAGGGUGUAAGCGCUCUCCAAGCGCUGCCUUUCCCCGAGAGCGAGAGCAAGCAGGAAAGGGAAGUGUUUGAGAGAGCCUUUGUUGAGACGCUGGGACAAGUGGCGGCUAACGGAUAUCAAGGGCGUUCUGGGCGUAGUGGGGACACAUUGGGAAAGUCAUCGUCCGAAGAGCGAAAGGACUCUGGCGGGAUUGGAUGA